AAAGCACCGUUCAUUCGCAGCCUGUUUCACUCGUAGUGCCACUCAUUCACCCACACAUUGUCUACCCCACGCAAUGUCAGCCGCCAGCACCGAGACGAGCGCCCCGCUGCCCACGGCCGCUGGCCGGGUAUUCUUCCAGCCUGCGCCCGGCGUGGGUUGCGCCGGAUCCAGCCCCAUGCCCCGGGAUGACCCGGUCCAAAGAAAGCAGGGAAAAGUGACAGUAAAGUACGAUAGGAAGGAGCUGCGUAAAAGACUUAUCUUGGAGGAAUGGAUCAUUGAACAGCUGAGCGAGUUAUACGAUUGCGAGGAAGAAGAGAUGCCAGAGGUAGAGAUUGACAUUGACGACCUGCUGGAGGUCAACAGUGAAGAUGAGAGAGCUGUCAAACUGCAGGAAUCCUUAAUAGACUGCUUUAAACCCACAGAGGAUUUUGUCCGUGAGUUGCUGGGCAGAAUAAGGGGGAUGAGAAAACUCAGUGCACCAACAAAGAAAGGUCUAUAAUGGAUGGCAACCACAUCAACCAUAAAUCAACCAUAAUCUAACUGUUCAAGCAUUCUACUGACAUACCUUGUGUUAACCCUGUUCUACACAAAAGCUCACAAUAUAUUUUUUUCUUUAAAAAAAAUAACUCAUCUUUACCCUUUGCCAGUGAUGCAAACAUACUGCACAACCAAUCCAUACAAAGCAUCUCAAAAUGCCAAUAACUGAUUUAAAUUACAUACUAAAUAUGCGUAUCUCAAUGACACAACUACAACCUUUUAAAGUCAUAAACUGAACAUUUUAACAGCAGUUAAAUACAACAAUACUCAACAUUCAAUCAAUAUUAACUUAAAACACGUAUUGGUUCUUUACAAACCUCAUAGCUCCUCCACCUCUGAACCCAACAGCCAUACAAACCAACACUGUCCCGGCAAACUAUAUAACCAUAGGUAUUUUAAAAUAAUGAUUUAUUUAUUGUUGAAUUAAUGUGUGCUUUGAAAGCCGUAAGCUAUUUACACACAAUGCUUCAUAGUUUCUCAGUUUUACUGAGGUAUUUAAUGUUACAACUUUUAAAGUGUUUGCCUAUGUGUGUUACAGUAUGAGGACAUUACAUGCCAUAGCAUUAUAUUAGCAGCCAAACAGCUGAUUAUCCCCAACCAACUUGCCAGCCAUGAAUGCAGAUCUGAAGAAACAGAUGUUCCUCAAAGCCCAAAUUCUAGGUGGUGCGUGAGAUGAACCAUCCCUACUGUAGCAAGGCAUGAUGGGUACUGCAGUUCUCUGGGUGAGACUACAAGACCUGUAUGAUUGGCGGUCCUGAGCUUCUCAUGUCACAUGACACCCAUUGCUUCCUCCUUUGCCAUCACCGAUUGGUUAACCUCUGCUGAUAAUUGAUGUUCUAACAAAAGAAAACAUAUCAGUCAUCUGUCAGGUCACUGUGGGAGUUUGUGGCGAGGUCAAGCACAAACCAUUGUUACAAAAUUGCUGUAUUGCUUUCUGGGGGGGGGGGGGGGGGGGAAGGGAGGGGGGGAGUGGUGUAGUUGAUGUAAUACACAAUUAAAUGCCUACUAGAAGAUCUGUGGGGUUACAUGGGGCAGGAACAAGCACCUGGAGGAGAGGGGCUCGAUAUGCCCUCUGUACACCCUCUACACCACUGAAGAGGGUCACACACUGAGAUCACGUUUCAUUUCAGCUCAUAGAAGGUCGUAGAAGUGUCCGUCGCUGAUUCUAGAGUGAGGAUGUUCUUUUUCAUGUUGAUGGACUAUAUAAGUUAAAAUGAUACACUUUUUAAAUAGGAUGUUUCCGCAGGCUAUAGGGUGCGCUCUGAAACUAGCUCACAUUUUUACAGGGGAGGGUUUUAGUGGUAUUUAUUGUAGGCAGCCUCCUUUGCACCAACUACACUCAAAACCAGAAAGCUCUGAUACAAUCACUCCACUUUCACGUUGGCCUCCAGUUCCAAUUCUAACACAGUCAAACCUGAAUGGACUCAUCGGAAAUGGAACCGAGCCCAAACCUGCUCUGUACUAACACAAGCUGCCAAAGACAAAAGCAGGGCAACAUUCAAUUUCUUCUAGUAGUAAAGCACUCUUGCAUGCUAAGGGCAGAGAAAUGGUUAACGAUAAGAGUAGAUAUUACGAACUUAUAAACAAGUAAAAAAAAAAAAAGGAAUCAUGUUCACCAUAUUUUUACUACUCUGUAGAACUUUAUGUUAAAAUGGCGUGACUGACACGCCAGAAGGAAACCAGGAAAUCUAACGGUGCUGUUUCAGUUCUUCAUCCUCCCUGCUUGGUAUACGGUUGUGUAAAAGGGGUUUUAAAUGUUGGUUGAUGCCACAGCCUUUGAGUGUGUCUGUCAAGUCUGUCAUUAUUGACACAGUUAGGUAGGGGUGCAUCCCAAGCUUCCAAAGUUGCUUCCUUUCCUUGUCUCCCUCUUUUCCAUUUGAAGUGAGAGCGCCAUCAACAAACAGAAACUAGGGUCGGCCAUUUUGUUGAGGUUGUUGCUUUGAGGUUUCCAAUGCGAAUGAGGGGGAGAAGAAGGAAACAAGGAGAUGAAGACAACUGUUAAUAUGCACCUUAGGUCAACAGGCAUAGGUAUUUCCUCUCUUAAGAGACUGUUCAGGGGAUGUAGGCGGAAUUUUUUUAAUCUAAUGGAAUUUCAUGAGUAUGUGAAAAAGUGUUUCAAGAGUGUCUGUAUUGGAGAGUUUUAUGUUUGCAUGUGUUUUUAAAGUAGCAUGACACGGGGACAUUUUGUUGGCCCAGAACUUUUUAAUUUAAAAAAAAACUUUUCCUUUUUAUACCUUAUUAUGAACACUAUACUCUUUUUUCUGCAGGAAUUGUAUUAUUUUGUUGUACAUCCACAAUGAGCGUCUAUGUUUUUAAACUGUAAAUGUGUGUGGUCUUGUUUUUGCUGAUAAUAAAGAGAGAUUCAUGACUCUGAACUGUUUAAA